AUGACUAUAGCCAUUUUCAAAGUGGUCGAAGAUCGACCGACGCCGAAAUCCGUCUACAAUUGGCGCAUUGUCGCCUGUGCCAUAGUUGGCUCUUUGGCUUCUUGUGCCAUCGGCUAUGACUCUGCUUUCAUUGGCACCUCACUCGCUCUCCCGUCGUUUCAGAACGAGUUUAACUUUGCAAGUUAUAGUACCCAAGGGCUUGCCAACCUCAAAGCAGACAUUGUUUCAGUGUUCCAAGCUGGAGCAUUCUUCGGUAGUCUGUUCACCUACGUUUUCAACUAUUAUCUCGGGCGAAAGCCGUCCAUUUUUAUCAAUGUGAUCCUAUUCCUCAUCGGCGCGGCCAUGAAUUGCGGCGCUAAUGGAGCUUCUGGCCUUAGCCUAAUCAUUGGCGGCCGUGUCCUGACGGGCUGGGGAGUGGGUGGUUGUUCGAGCGUUAUUCCCGUAUACCUGUCUGAGAUUGCGCCGCCAGCUGUCCGUGGUCGUUUGGUGGGCAGCUGGGAGAUAGGCUGGCAGAUAGGGGGCCUGGUCGGUUUCUGGAUUAACUAUGGUGUCGAUCAGACUCUAGAUCCGAGCCAUAAACAGUGGAUUAUCCCCUUUGCGGUUCAGCUGAUCCCAAGUGGCCUGCUCUUCCUAGGGGUCUUCCUCGUCCCUGAGUCUCCACGCUGGCUUUUGGGUCGCCACAAGCGCAAUCAAGCUGUUAGGUCACUAACCUGGCUGCGAAAGCUUCCUGAGACCGAUCCUUACAUUUUAUUUGAGAUUGGCGACAUUGAGAGUGAUCUUGAAAGAAGACCCAUGUCAUUUUGGAAACCCUUUAAGGAGCUUAGGCACCGACGCAUGCAGUGGCGCUUCACCAUGGGCGGACUGCUCUUUAUGUUUCAAAAUGCCUCAGGUAUCAAUGCCAUCAAUUACUACAGCCCUAUUAUUUUCGAGACUAUCGGCAUCCACGGGGCCUCAACAGAGCUUCUUGCUACUGGAAUAUUCGGUGUGGUAAAAACGGUCGCAGUUUUCGUCUGGAUUCUCUUCGUUGUCGAUAAUUUCCAGCGCCGUACUCUGCUCUUCUGGGGUGCUGCAGGAGGUUCUGUUUGUAUGUGGAUCCUUGGGGCAUAUAUCAAGAUAGCCGAUCCUUCUGUCAACUCAACCGGGAAUCCAACGUCCGGCGGCAUCGCGGCCAUUUUCUUCCUCUUUCUCUGGAUCAUUCCCUACUCUCAAAGCUGGAGCGGUAUUCCAUGGGUUAUCAAUUCCGAGAUGUUUCCUCUCGAUAUCAGAGCUUUGGGCCAAGCUUCAGCUGCAGCCAGCAACUGGUUUUGGAACUUCAUUAUCACACGAUUCACACCAAACAUGCUGCUAGCGAUGGGCUACGAGACUUCAAAGAUCUCCCUCGAGGCUGUUGACAGAGUCUUCGACAUUUGGCCUGUCCGUAAGGCCAAUACCACGGUCCUUGCCGAGAUCCAAAGCGAGAUCGAAGAAUUGAGCCAGCCUGCAGGGCAUGGAGAAACGAAAUAUGAGGGAUUUGUCCAGCACAAAGAGCAUACAGUGUAA